AUGGUCCUUUACGAGCGGACUUUUUCGAUCUUGGCCCCCAAGAGUGCCUUGCCGUAUGCGACGCUGUUGACGCUAAAUGCCGGCGGUCUUAGCUGUGCGAAAUUGGUGAAAAAUGGGGAUCGCUUGGAACUCAACAUAGAUGGUGUUCCUCUUGAAAAUGAUGUAACGAUUGCUCGAUUUGUUGGACAAAGCCUUGGCAAACCCGAACUUACCGGCUCUACGUUGUUCGAAAGUGCUUAUAUCGAUGAGGUUUUGACAUCAUGUGAGACGUUUCACAACGGGCUCAUCAAAGCCGAAGAUGUUUUUUCUUCUCUUCAAUUGUCGAAAAGUGGAACUUUAUUCGAGAACCGAAAGACAAUUGCUGACUUUGCUCUUUUCUCUCUUCUGGCCAAAAAUGAAGAGUUGCAAACCAAGAAUUUGAAUUUGUUUCAAGCCAUCCUUUCGGAUCCCCGAUUAAACGAGGCUCACAGAAUGGUCGGAGUUUUCGAAGUGUCGAAGCUUGCGGGAAACAGUAACACGAAGCCAAAGGAGAAACAAAAGGAUGAAGGCAAAUUCGUCGAUCUUCCUGGCGCAGAAAAGGGAAAAGUUAUUGUGCGUUUUCCUCCCGAGGCUUCAGGGUAUUUACACAUUGGACAUGCAAAAGCUGCUCUUUUGAACCAGUUCUACCAACAGGCGUUUGAGGGCAAACUUAUCAUGCGUUUUGAUGACACAAAUCCAGCCAAAGAGAACGCUCACUUCGAGGAGGUUAUCAAAGAGGAUCUCAAAAUGCUACAAAUUGUUCCGGAUAUUUGGUCACAUUCAUCUGAUUAUUUUGAGCUAAUGCUUCAAAUGUGCGAGAAACUGUUGCGUGAAGGAAAGGCAUACGUUGAUGACACGGAUACUGAAACGAUGCGAAAAGAGCGCGAAGAAAGGGUUGAAAGCAAAUGUCGAACAACACCUCCGGAUGUUAACUUGAAACUCUGGGAAGAAAUGAAAAAUGGAACGACUCGCGGACAACAAUGCUGUGUUCGAAUCAAGAUCGACAUGAAGUCGAAUAAUGGAGCGAUGAGAGAUCCGACCAUUUAUCGAUGCAAAGUUGAGGAGCAUGUUCGAACUGGAACCAAAUACAAAGUCUAUCCGACCUAUGACUUCGCUUGUCCUAUUGUUGAUAGCAUCGAAGGAGUAACCCAUACGUUGAGAACAACAGAGUAUCAUGACAGAGAUGACCAAUUCUUCUUCAUUUGUGAUGCACUUGGAUUAAGAAAACCGCAUAUAUGGGAGUAUGCAAGAUUGAACAUGACAAAUACGGUAAUGAGCAAGAGGAAGUUGACUUGGUUUGUGGAGAACAAUGUUGUUGAAGGCUGGGAUGAUCCUCGCUUCCCAACUGUUCGUGGAAUUCUUAGGCAUGGAUUGACUGUUGAGGGACUAAAGCAAUUUAUUGUGGCUCAGGGAGGCAGCCGAUCCAUUGUGAUGAUGGAAUGGGAUAAGAUUUGGGCCUUUAACAAGAAAGUUAUCGAUCCUAUUGCGCCAAGAUACACUGCUCUGAGCACAACAUCGCCUCUUGUCACUGUUGUAAUUGAGCCUUCAAUUGAGACGUAUGAAGCCAAAGUCCAACUACAUCCGAAGAACGGUGAAGUCGGAGUAAAAACGAUUUAUCAUUCGGGGAAGAUCUUGAUUGAACAAGUUGAUGCCAAAGAAAUGAAGGUUGGUGAUACGGUCACUUUUGUUAAUUGGGGCAACCUAAAUAUCACUUCGAUGGAAAGCAACGAUCACGAAAUUACCAAAAUAACGGCGAAACUCGACCUUGACAAUAAAGACUACAAAAAGACAAUGAAAGUGACAUGGAUUGCCAAUGUUGAGUCUCCGUCAACGAUUCCUGUUGUGGCAGUCGACUACGAUCAUAUAAUCACCAAAGCUGUGAUUGGAAAGGAUGAAGAUUGGAAGGAUUUCAUCAAUUACAACUCGGUGCAUUAUACCCAAAUGGUUGGUGAGCCUCCAUUGCGAAACAUCAAGCAAGGCGACAUAAUACAACUGCAGCGAAAGGGCUUCUACAUUUGCGACCAUGAAUAUAGUCCGAAAAGUCCAUUCACUGACAAGGAGACGCCACUUUUGUUGAUUGCAAUCCCUGAUGGAAGCCAGAAAGAUCAACCUUUGACUGCUGCUAACAAUAAAGAAACGAGUUCCUCAAAGAAAACUGCGACCAACAAAUCAGGAAGCGAUCACACGGCACUAUACAAUGAUCUUGAGAAACAAGGGGUCAUCGUUCGUGACCUGAAAGCCAAGGAUGCAAAAUCGCAAGCCACCAAAGAUGCGAUUGCAAAGCUUCUCCAAUUGAAGAACGAAUACAAAGAAAAAGUUGGACAGGACUACAAAUCUGGCUGCCCUCCCGCUUCAGCCUCACCUUCUACAGUAGCAGUUGCCUCCUCGGUCGAUCCUCUCUCAUUGUACAAUGAACUCGAAAAGCUAGGAGUUUUGGUUCGCGAUCUAAAGAGCAAGGACGCAAAAUCGCAAGCCACCAAAGACGCGAUUGCAAAGCUCCUCCAAUUAAAGAACGAAUACAAGGAAAAAGUUGGACAGGAUUACAAAUCUGGCUCACCUCCUGCAUCCGCGGCAGCUCCAGCUACAACAUCGCCAGCCUCAGCUCCAGCUGACCCACUUUCUCUAUAUAAUGAACUCGAAAAGCAAGGAGUUUUGGUUCGCGAUCUAAAGGGCAAGGACGCAAAAUCGCAAGCCACCAAAGACGCGAUUGCAAAGCUCCUCCAAUUAAAGAACGAAUACAAGGAAAAAGUUGGACAGGAUUACAAAUCUGGCUCACCUCCUGAAUCCGCGGCAGCUCCAGCUACAACAUCUCCAGCUACAACAUCGCCAACCUCAGCUCCAACCGACCCACUCUCUCUAUAUAAUGGACUCGAAAAGCAAGGAGUUUUGGUUCGUGAUCUAAAGGGCAAGGACGCAAAAUCGCAAGCUACCAAAGAUGCGAUCGCAAAGCUUCUUCAAUUGAAAAAUGAAUACAAGGAAAAAGUUGGGCAGGAUUACAAGUCUGGUUCUCCACCCGCUUCUGCAACAACUCUAACCACUGCUGCAUCAUCAACGCCAGCCACAGGCGACGCACUCGCGUUGUACAAUGAACUUGAAAAGCAAGGUGUUUUGGUCCGAGAUCUAAAGGGCAAGGAUGCAAAAUCGCAAGAAACCAAGGACUCCAUAACAAAACUUCUCAGUUUGAAGAAGGAAUAUAAAGAAAAAACCGGGCAGGAAUACAAGUCGGGCUCUCCUCCAUCGAAA